AUGCCUAAUAACAACAAUAAUUCACAGGAAUAUCUGCUUUUGAAACAUGCAAAGGCGGUAAAAGAAAUUCAAAAUGAUAUCGAUGAUAUUCCCACCUGCGCUGUCAAUUCUGAUAUAUUAAAUACACGUGCUAAUAUAAAUUCUACUACUCAUAAUAAUACUAAUAAUAAUAAUACUAAUAAUAGUACAUCUACUACAACCUCCUCACCUCCUCAAAAACAAGAACUAUUUGUAGACACUUCCUUAACCAAUAACUCUAGCACAAAUAACCCGAUUCUAUUAAAUCUGGAGCCGCCACCACCAUCAUCCUCUUUACAUAGUAUGAUGAUGAGCAAUAACAGUACUCCAACAACAAUAAUCACAUCAAGUACUUUAAAUAAUAAAAGAAAAUCAAGAUCUAGAUCGUCAUCUCUUUCAUCCACCUCAUUAUUAUCACCUAAAGCAUUUUCCCCGGUAAGAAAACCAAUUUUGACAUCACAUGUUUCAAGUGGGUUUAAUUUAGGUUUUUCAACCAUUUCCGGCCCAAACACUGCUCAAAAUAAUGAUCCUACACACAGAAAAUUGUCUGCAGGCGCUUCUGGAGGGUACAACUUUACCAGUGAUCAUAGUUCAUCUACUUUAUCUAGAGAAGACUACUACGAUCUUCCAAACGAAAUUCCUAAAGUGACUUCAGAAAAUAUUCUAAAAAACAUAACUUCUAAUUCUAUUACUAGUUUGCCUAUUGCAAAACCUUCGGAUCAACAUCAAUCAGCAUUAACAACAAGCAAUAAUCUUUCUAAUGAAAAACCAUUGCAUAUGCAAAAAGAGUACGCUUUAAACGAAAAAAUUUACUUGUCCAAGUUGAGAAAGGCAGCCGCUAAAAAUAAGAACGAUGAUUAUUAUACAAGAAGAAUUAGCUUAAAUAAUUUGGAUGGUCUUAUGCGUUCUAACCACAAUUCCCGUCCUCAUGGUCCAACUCAUAACAACAGCAACACUGCUACCGCUACUACUUCUGCCACUUUUGCUUCUAGGUCAUUUACCUCAAAAAUUAAUAAUAAUCAUAGUAAUCAUAAUAAUAAUAAUAAUAAUAAUAAUAAUAAUAAAAGGAAAGGUAAAAAGAGUAAUAGUGAAAUUAUUAAAAAUGCUCAUAAUCCAUCAAUUAUUAAAAAAAAUAUUCGAGUCAAGAGUAAAAAAAAAAGCAAAGAUAGCAAUAAUAAAAAUGUCACAAAUCUGGAUGAUAAUGGGAGUAAAUUAACAAAAAAAUACCAUAAAAGUCAACAACUGCUGUCACGAGGAGACAAACUAAAGAAGAGUAGCAUAUCACUAAUUAAUGCCAGUCCAACCAGUAACAGCGGUAGGUAUAAUCUGAAGUACGGCACAAAUAACACUAAAGUAAAUAGUAUACUGUUACGGAAAGCCAAUAAUACUAGUAGUACUUCUGUUUCUAUGGAUACCCUGCAUAAUUAUGAAAAAAGUAGCCUUGAACAAAAACGGGAAGAAUCAAGAGCAAAUAGUCUUUGUGAAGUUUUAACUGAAGCUAAAAAAUCUAUUUUUGAUACUGAAGGAGGAGGGUAUAUUAAUGGGAGCCAUGAUAAUACGGAAGGAGAUACUAAUAGUAAUAAUAAUAAUAUCGAUAGCAACAGUAUUGAAGUAGGAGAAGAAUACAGUGAUGAUUAUGAUGAUGAUGAUGAUGAUAACAACGAAGACGACGACGAUGACGAUAGUUAUUACGAUUAUGAUGACUUGCAAGAUGAUGAUAGUAGUUGUUAUUAUGAUUAUGAUGAUUUGGAAAGUCUAGCCGAUGUAUAUAAUGAUGAUAUUGAUAAUAUAUAUGGUGUUGGCUUUGACGAUUUUAAUGAUUCCUCCUCUUCAGAUAUUGAAGAAAAUAACGAGCAUGAACACGAAUCCAAUGAACUUAGUACUUCAUUGUCAAAAAAUGAUAAUAUUGAUCAACAAAAUGAUAAUAUUUAUUCAACCAACAGUAGAAAAAUCGAAACACGCACAAAAAGUGGUCUUCAGACACCUGAUAAUGAUGAUACCUUGACGUUUUCAUCAUCUACUACAUCUACUGCUGAAUUUGUAUUACCGAAUGCCAAAGUUCAUCAAGACAAAACUGAUCAUCCAGUUUUAGAAAAUUUUCAAAUUAAUAAGAAAUCUUUACUAGAAAAAUUAUCGUGGAUUAAAGAUAGCGAUAACGAUAAUAAUAGUAAUGAUAAUGAUAAGGGAGAAGUAUGUUCGAAGGAUUCACUGGAGUUGUCUGUUAUUGGUCAAAAUCCUAGGGUUUUAGAAAGAUUAGAAUGGCAAAUGAUGUUGUACAAAGUUUUAAAGGGAGAUAUUGUGCGCAACGAAAAAUCCAAAUUAGCUAAACUAAAAGAGAAAUUUAAUGGCAAUACUACUUUUAAGGACACUUUAUGGAUUGAAUUGAAAGCUUGGAUGAAUGGGCACACUGUUGAAGAACAAACAAAGUCCUUGCAGAUUUUAAAGAAUACUGUUGCUGAUGAAGUUAUAGAUAAAAUUAUGCAAUAUAAAGUUGAAAAUGCUGAUAAUAAACCCAUAUUCCACUUUGUUAAUGAACUUAAAGACCUUUUAGACACAUAUUAUCAAAUCACUUCCUAUUGGCCCAACCUUAGUGAUUUACGACAGGAAAAACCUAUUACGGCAAGUUUUCAAUUUGAACAAAGAUUAGCUACAUUCAACCUUAUUGUGAAUUUGGAUAAAAAUCUAACCAACGAGGUUCUAAAUCUUUGUCAAUAUACUGAUCUAGGUAAAUAUUUUGACCCAGAAACUCAUAACUUUUUACCCAUUUGUGAAGUGGUUGAAUUUCAAAUUAAUAAAUCUCUAGCCGAUCAAAUUGUCACCGAAAGAGAUAUUGAGUUAAUCUUCCAAAAAAAAAUUUUUUUUAAACAUGCACCUUGGAUCAUCAAGUCUAAGAUAUGUUAUGUCAAAUAUGGUAACAUAUUAAAAGAAUUGGGAUUUCCGCUUAUGUUUGCUAAGAUUAGUGUUUUGUUACGGUUCCCUAUCAAAUUGAUCAAAGAAGUUAUAAAGGUUAGAUUGGAUUAUGCUGAAAAAUUGGAAAAUCCAACAAUGAUGAUGAUUGACCAAAUAAUUGACGAUAUGAGCACUUAUGUGAAAUUGGCCACACAAAUUAAGUAUACAAUUGAGAUAUACAAAAGAAAUUUUACAAAUAUUUUCCAAAUCGAUGAAGAUUUUGAUGAUGUUGUUAUUGAUGCGAUAUUAUUCAUUUUCAAAUUAUUAAAUUUGAAAUUAUUUGAUAGUUCUAAAAGUGUUUUCAGAACUUUUAAAGAGCCAGAUGAGCUAAUUAAGCAUUGGGAUAAUCUAAAGAAUAUUGGCAUAUUUUUAAGCGAAACAGCUGGUUUGAAAGUUGCAAGAGCAUUUGCCACCUUAUCGUUAAGGUUUAUGACCAAGCUACACAACUAUAUCAUUGAACUGCAGACAGAGAUACCGAAUUUUAAAAAUCAAGCUGAUGUGGAAAAAUGGUUAAGUGAGUGUUUAGAAAAUGUGGGUACAAUAAAGCGGAAAUUAAACAGAUUUAUUAACGUUUUCUCUAACUCUGUGUGUAAUAUGAGUAUUUACCAAAUUAAAAAUAAGGCAAGUUUUUUGGAUUUAUUAAAAGAUUCCGGACAUGUUUUAUUUUACACCGGUGGUAAGUUAGAAAAUGAUAAAGGUGUUUAUUUAAUUGGUAGUAGUGAGUUGAUAAACUGUUCUAAAGAAGAUAUUUUAGAAAUUUUAAAUAAUUCCCAAAUAUGUUCUGACUUGGUUCCUGUAAUGGAAGUCAAUAAUAAUUUAAACAUUUAUAACGUUAUCAAUGAAGAAAUUUUUAACGUCGACGAUGAAAAUGAUUUGUACAUGGAACAAUAUGCUAUUGAUGGUACCUACUAUUACCAUAUGGAGAUGCCGGAUUAUAUCUCUAGAAGUUUUUCUGCUGCUGCUUCAAAUCCUGGUAAAACGUCCAGAACAGUGAACAAUUUUGCUGGUGAGGUUGCUCCUGAUAUAUCUCAAAAGCAACAGUCCAAUGGUAUUGAUUUUGGGUUUGCUGAUAAUACUACUAUUAAGAAUGUUUUCAUUCAUAAUCGUGAUAGAAAUAGCAACUAUUUUGAUGAUUAUGCAAGAGAAGAAAAUGAGUUGUAUGAACUAGAAAUGAAGCUAAAGUCUUUAGGUUAUUUAAUAGUGAUAUCGCCAAAGGAAGUUUUAUUGUGGAAGGGUCGAGUUGUUAAUUUAUCUGAACCAAUAUGUGUAUCCGAAAUUAAAUUGCCUUUCAAUGCUUUUUUUAAAGGGGUCGAUAGUGUACCAAUUUCCACGAAAUCUAUGUCAAAACCUGCGAAUGCAUCCUCUUCAGUUGAUGAUAGACUUUUGUUUUUAACACAAGGUUCAUGUUAUGCAAUGGAUUACCAAAGAGAAAGAUUUGAGCAAACUUUAGAUAGCUCUGCUGAAUUUUUGGAAAGAGCCUGUUCCAUCAAAAGUAUUGAUAUAACUUUGAAAAGAAUUAAUAGAGUUAUUUAUAAAAUGGUGUAUUCUUUAUUGUCCUCUUAUCCCUCGGUCGUUGUUGAAGUUGAAAACAAACUUCCUGGUAUGGAAAUUCUAAAUAGUGGAUAUAUGUUUUGCAAGGAUUUUGCCAGGAACUUCCUCCUUCUAAACACGAGUACUAUUACCAACACAAAUAGGUCUGAGUUAAUAUUGGUAAUGAUUCAAUUAUCAAUUAGUUGGAUUAAAUUUAUUGUGAAUGAUUGUAAUCCGACUGAUUUGAAAACAUUCAGAUGGUCGGUCCUAGCGAUGGAAUUUGCGAUGCAAGUUACCUCUGGUUAUAAUAUAUUAGCAUUAGAUUCUAAAGAUUUUGCAGAUUUAAAACAACAAAUUUCUGGUUGUAUGUCGCUAUUGAUUUCCCAUUUUGAUAUUAUGGGUGGAAGGUCCCGUGCUUUAGCAGAAUCCAAGUUGUCUCAGCAACAGAAAAUGAGUGGAUCUGUAAGUAUUGAUGAGUAUGAUGAUGAUGCAGUAUUGGCGGUUAAUUCACAGAUCCGUAUGCAGAGUAUUCGCGACCUUGAGAAAAGAACUGCAAAGAAAACAAAACAUAAGGCAAAAGUUGGUAAAGUAUUGGAUGAUACGGAUAGAGAGGAUUUGUAUUUAGCCAAACUGGCUUCGUCUCUAUCUAAUGUUUCUAUUAGGUGGCAAAAAAGAUCAUUUAUUGGUGGUGGUUCAUUUGGCGAUGUCUUUUCUGCUGUUAAUUUAGACACUGGUGGUAUAUUGGCUGUUAAACAGAUCAAGGUUCAGCACAGUAAAAGUAUGGAAAAGAUAUUCCCCAGAAUCAAGGACGAGAUGACUGUUUUGGAAUUGUUGAACCACCCUAACAUUGUCCAAUAUUAUGGUGUUGAAGUUCAUCGUGAUAAGGUUAAUAUUUUCAUGGAAUAUUGUGAAGGUGGGUCAUUGGCAACUCUAUUGGAACAUGGUCGGUUUGAAGAUGAAACAAUAACACAAGUUUAUUCUUUACAAUUGUUAGAGGGCUUGGCAUACUUGCAUCAUAGUGGUGUUGUUCACAGAGAUAUUAAACCGGAUAAUAUAUUGUUAGAUUAUAGUGGUGUCAUAAAGUAUGUUGAUUUUGGUGCAGCUAAAUUAAUUACCAAGAAUGCAACAGUUGGUAAUAAUAAGAGUGAUACUCCGGUUGAAUCAAAGAAUUCCACAAAUAUUAAGAAAAAUACCGCAGGCGGUGGUAAUCUAAAUAGUUUGAUGGGCACACCAAUGUACAUGGCUCCAGAGAAUAUUACAGGUGCAAAGCAUGGCCGGUUUGGAUCAGAUGAUAUAUGGUCUUUAGGAUGUGUAAUAUUAGAAAUGGUGACAGGAAGAAGACCUUGGUCCAACUUAGACAAUGAGUGGGCCAUCAUGUAUCAUGUUGCUGCCGGUCAUGUUCCACCAUUACCAACAAGAAAAGAGAUGUCUGACUUGGGUAUAAAUUUUUUAUCCAAGUUUUUAUUACAAGAUCCAGAUAAGAGAGCAACUGCGGUAGAACUGCUAUUACAUCCUUGGAUUGUUGAAAUUCGAAUGUUAGCUUUUGGUACUGACGAACAAUCAGAGGUAAGCUUAUUGAAUACUUCUUCUUCCACAUCAUCUAUGACUUCUAUUGGGACAGAUAGUAAUACGCUGUCCAACAGUAACAUAUAA